GUGCGUUAACGAACAAUCCACUACUAUAAUUCUCACCUCAUCAAAUUAUUACUAAAAUGUCUGAUUUACCGGAUUUAUCCAAAUGCACUCCCGACAUUUUUGUCUCGGAAAGACGCCAAUAUUUGAAUUACUUUGAAAACUACUCGAAUUGGAGCAAAGUGCCGCUUUUGAAUUACGGAGACGUAAAUGUGGAGCACCCUCAACAGUCCUUGGUCAGAUAUCGGGGUAUGGUUCAGAACAUGCGGGAUACGGAAAUUUAUUACGAGUACUACGAAAUUCAAGAAUCUCCUUCUGCAUUAUUGAAAACCCUGUGCGGAAAAUAUAGAGACAUUCGAAUCAAAAAGGAUGACAUUUUUUUGCCAAAUUCAAGCAAAAACUUAAAAUCAGAGAGGGAAGUUAUUGACUUAGUUCCUGUGCCCGGACUCAACCAUUGGGUUAUCAAAAUGGAACAAGAAAUUAUGCAAAAAGCAAGCAGUAAUUCAGAUGAAAAUGAGAAUAAAACAAGUACCAAUUUAGUAGGUACUAAAAAAAUAAAAAUGGAAAAUCAAAAUGCAUCCGAUUUGAAAAGUACAUCCAAUUUGGAAAGUACACCCGAUUUGGAAAAUACACCAGUUCUUAAAAAAAUUAACAAACUAUGCACCGCUAGGAUCUAUGAUAACACAAAAGAUUUCAAAAUGCGUGAUAUUAUAGACGUUAUUGGAUUUUUGAGCACCAUCAACAAUAAUGCUCAAGGCCACAUAUACAUCCAUGUGAUCUGUUACAAAAUACUCUAUCAUUGCAACCCACUACUAGACCCUACACAACUAUUUAUAAACAAAAGAUUAAGGGGUCGGGCUCCUCGUUCUAUUCAAGAAGGCUACAAUAGACUACAUGAAAUAUUGACCUAUGUUCUAUUCGGUGAUAGCUUGGCUGCCGAAUAUGUCAUAUUCAAUUUAAUAAGUAGAUACGAUGAAUCAUCAAAGAGAUAUGUGCAACCGACAUUUAAUUUGAAUAUCGUUAAUUUCCCUUCUGAAGAAGAAAUGCCUAAUAUAAAGAGCUAUAUGAAAUUUUUGUGCAACUUUCUCUCAACUUUAGUCCCGAACAGUUGCACUGUAAACUUAACCAACGAUGAAUUAAAUUCAAGGACUUUAGUGUCAAAGAAGGACUAUGAAACAGGAUGCCUUAUUCAAGGCGACUUGCAAUUACCAAAUGGAACAAAUCUAUUUAUUAAUGAAGUUGAACUUGAAGAAAUAAUGAUAGGUGCAACGGGAGUGAAUAAUAUAUUUGCACUUAAGAAUAUGUUGAACAGAUACGUGAUCGGGUACGAAUUCAUGUUCCAGAAAGUUUAUCAUGACUGCGAUGUACCAGCACUCGUAUUCAGUAAACAAAAAAGCAUACUUAGGGUUGCAAAUUACAUUCCCUUAAAAAUAAAUGAGAAUAUGAAAAAACAAUUUGCAGAAAAUCUACCUGACCCAAACGGCAUGUUAUUUGAAGAAGCUUUGACCUCAAUCAGACGCUUCAUAACAAUGAUGAAAUGCAGUCAGUUUGAAUUCAACCCAAACAUUAUUGAAGGCUUUGGUUAUACCGUAUUCAAUGAAAUGAUAGAUUUUGAUAUUCACGAGCUAUCAACAUAUUUGACUGUGUGCAAAUUGUAUAGUAUCUCACGUGGCCUGAAGAAAAUGACGAGAACAUCAUGGGCAGCUAGUAGGAAGCUCGAGGAGGAAAGAAGAUCUAGACACUCUUAUGUAUUUAUGUGUCGACACAGUGAUGCUUUCCAUGAAACAUAA